UUCUCGGCCGAAUAUUACCGGGGAACGCUUUUAUUAAUGGACUAGAAUGCGCAUGGGCUUGUUACAUGUUGCUGUCAUCGCCAACAGCGGAUACAGUAUUUGUAGUCAACCAAGGGUAUCAUUCACAAACAGAAAAUGCUUAGGAGUGUGUCAGCACAGUUACUCAGACAGGUUGUCAGACACAAUUCCACAGAUACCAGUCUUAUCUUGGAGAGAUCAAUUAACCGAGUACAGCUGCUGGGUCGGGUGGGGCAGGACCCAGUUAUGAGACAGGUGGAGGGUAGAAACCCAGUCACCAUCUUUUCCAUGGCAACUAAUGAGAUGUGGCGCUCUGGAGAGGGAGAGUCUGUAAAUACAGGAGAUAUCAGUCAGAAGACAACAUGGCACAGAAUCUCUGUGUUCAAGCCUGGUCUAAGAGAUGUGGCCUAUCAGUAUGUAAAGAAAGGGUCUCGGAUUCUUGUUGAGGGGAAGCUGGACUAUGGAGAGUAUGUGGACAAAAACAACGUGAGGCGGCAGGCCACCACCAUUAUUGCAGAUAACAUUGUCUUUUUAAGUGACAACAUACGGGAUAGAGUCUGAGGUGUUUUUCUGGAGUGUUGAUUUAAAAAAACAAAACAAAAGAAGAUACCAAAUAUCUUCAAUCAUGCUAGACUCGAUACUUUGUUGCUCUUGUGCAACUUUGUGUCUGCCCUGCAGUUACAUAUGGGUCAGAAUGUGGAAGUAACAGUUUUCCAGAUGUAACAGAUUUCCAUAUGUAUCCCUAACAGUUUGCACUUUAAUGUGCUUACAUGCUAGUUUAAACAAUACAAAUAUUUUUUUUUACUCUCUUUUUGUCAAAUAAUGUUGCAUUUAUGGUCUGUUUUACUGAUACAUACUAAAAUGUAUUGUAAAACCAAAAGUAAAAAUUACAGACUGUGAUAUGUAAAGACUUCUCCAUGCUUGCUGUUCAAAAUGCCCAUAAAAUUGGCAAAGGUUUUCUUGUGA